UUAUCCCACAUCUAUCUCUUUUUUUUUUUCAAGAAGGCCACAGUGUGACUAUUGUCAAGCAUCCGAAAUGAUUUUGUUAUAAAAAGCUGAGAAAAAGGCAGGACCAUCCAGUUCCAACCCCAUACUCCAAAGAGCCUUCUGUGCACGCUCAUGAUGCUUAUACAAAGGCCAUCCAUUCUCUUGCUCUUGGCUUUUCUUUUAGUGCAGCCAUGCAUACUUCAGUUGUCCCAGUCUUCCAACAACUUUACCGAUCAGUCGGCUCUCAUUGCCUUCAAAUCUAAUAUCAGUUUUGGUCCAAACGAUACUGUAUUCGCAGCUAGUAACUGGUCCAUCACAACAAACUUCUGUGACUGGUUUGGGGUCUCUUGCAGCCGACGCAGACAAAGAGUCACAGCGUUGAACCUUUCCUACAUGGGUCUCCAAGGCACCAUUUCCCCUCAUAUAGCCAACCUCUCCUUCCUAGUCUCACUUGAUCUCACUAACAACAGCUUCUAUGGUGUUCUACCACAUGAGAUAAGUCAUCUACACCGCUUGAGGGAACUUCGUUUGUCAUACAACCUAUUGGAAGGUAGUAUCCCUCCCACUAUACAUAAUUGCCACAAGCUUGAAUAUUUAUUUCUUAUAGAAAACAAUUUCAGCGGUGUCAUACCAAAAGAUUUGGGCAUGUUACCAAAGCUUCGCGAAUUACGUCUUAGUGAUAAUCGUCUUAUGGGUACAAUUCCAUCGUCUCUUAGCAAUAUUUCAUCACUAGAGAUGUUGGAUUUGCAGUACAAUAGCCUCACUGGUCCAUUUCCUCUCAUUAUUUUUAACUUCUCUUUUCUAACGGUUCUUGCUACCACAAAUAAUCACUUCUCAGGAACCCUUCCAAUGGAUUUUUGCACCCAUUGUCCUAAUCUUAAAGGACUAUAUAUUUCCCGCAACGAAUUCAGCGGUAAGCUCCCCUCACAGUUUAAUAACUGCAGAGAGCUUUCAAUCUUAUCUCUGUCAAAAAAUAAGUUUGAUGGAAGUAUUACAGAAGGUUUUGGGAGUUUAGAAAAGCUUGAAGUGCUACUUCUUGGAAGUAAUUACUUAACUGGAAAUAUACCCCCUAUCAUAAGCAACUUGUCAAUGUUACAAAUGUUUUCCAUUGAAAAAAACCACAUCAGUGGAAGCAUUCCAAGUGAUACAUGGAGUCUCCAAAAUCUGAUUAGAUUGAAUUUUGCUGAGAACAAUCUCACGGGGACAAUACCCCAAAAUAUUUUCAAUGUUACAUCUCUAAAAUAUCUCUUGUUGACCAUAAAUUCCUUCUCUGGAAAUCUUCCACUAGAUACUAGGAUCUCUUGCCCUAAUCUUGAAACUCUGUUUCUUAAUAGUAACAAAAUUAGUGGUCCUCUUCCAUCAUAUCUUUCAAAUUGUUCCAACCUCAUUGACAUAGAUUUUACUACAAACUUAUUCUCUGGACCUAUACCCAGAAGUCUUGGAAAUUUAAAAUAUCUCAAAACACUAUAUAUGAGUGAGAAUCAGCUAAUAGAGAAGCCUGGAGAUCAAGAACAUAGUUUCCUUUCAUCUUUGACUAAUUGCAGAUUUUUGGAGGAGCUAUAUAUAGCUAUCAAUCCCUUGAAUGUUACAAUUCCAGAUGUCAUUGGAAAUUUUUCAGUUUCACUUACAACUAUUGUUGCAUUUCAAAGCCAAAUAAAGGGUCAAAUUCCAAUAGGAAUUGGUUCCUUGAAAAACUUGAACUUUCUUGAUUUGAGCUAUAACAAUUUGUCUGGAAAUAUACCGUCAACAUUAGGGGAAUUGGAGGGGUUGCAAAGAUUGCAUCUUAGAUACAACAAUAUUGGUGGAAACAUUCCACAAGAGCUUUGUCAGCUGAGGAAGUUGGGAGAUUUACUUCUCUCAAAUAACAAAAUUUCUGGAUCUGUCCCAGAUUGCAUUGGAAACCUCAGUGUUUUGCAAAAACUGAAUCUAAGUCAUAACAGAUUAACAUCUUCAAUCCCAUUGAAUGUGUGGAGCCUUGAGAAUUUAUUGUUCUUAGAUUUAUCAUCAAAUUCCCUUGCUGGAUCUUUGUCUCCAAAUAUGAAAAAAUUGGCUACUAUUGAAUUUGUGGACUUGUCUUGUAACCAAAUUAUUGGAAAUAUUCCAAGUGUCAUUGGUUCCUUUGAAAGCCUAAGUUAUCUAAACAUGUCAAAGAACAAAUUCCAAGGAGACAUACCACAAUCUUUUGGACACUUGAAAGGAUUGGAUCAGUUGGACCUCUCAAACAAUUAUCUAUUUGGUACAAUUCCUAAAUCUAUUGAGGAACUUCGAUAUCUCAAGUUUUUGAAUCUUUCCUUCAAUAAUUUAUCAGGAGAGAUUCCAUUUGGUGGACCUUUUGCAAACUUCACGGCAAAAUCAUUUUUAGGUAAUGUAGCACUUUGUGGGAAUUCAACUUUUGGAGUUCCACCUUGCACAAGUCUAAGUUCUCAAGGAUCAACGGUGAAACAACUUUUGCUCAAAUAUAUUGUUCCUGCCAUUGGAUCAAUGAUAAUCCUUGUAGCAUUGGUCAUUGUGCUAAGAAGGCAUCCACAAUCUAACAUGGAGAUUCCAGGUUUACCGAUCACAUUGUUUCAAUUGAAUCAUAGAAUGAUAUCUUAUCAAGAGAUUUAUCGUGGGACAAACAACUUUUCUGAAAGCAACUUGCUUGGAACUGGAGGUUUUGGUUCUGUGUACAAAGGAAUACUAUCUGAUGGGAUCACUGUUGCUAUCAAGGUUCUAAACCUACAAUUAGAGGGUGCUUUCAAAAGUUUUGAUGUUGAAUGCAAGGUGUUAAGGGCAGUCCGACACAGGAAUCUAGUUAAAAUUAUUAGUACAUGCUCCAACCCUGAGUUUAGAGCUUUAGUGCUACAAUACAUGCCAAAUGGUAGCCUUGAAAAGUGGUUAUACUCUCACAACUACUACUUGAAUCUUGUUCAGAGAGUAAGCAUUAUGGUUGAUAUUGCAUCAGCAUUGGAUUAUCUGCACAAUGGACAAUCGGAAUCCGUGGUGCAUUGUGAUUUGAAGCCAAGUAAUAUCCUUUUAGACGAGGAAUUUGUUGCACAUGUUGGUGACUUUGGCAUUGCAAAGAUUUUAGUUGAAAACAAGGAUGCAACCCAAACCAAAACCAUUGGAACAAUUGGCUACAUCGCACCAGAGUAUGGUUCUGAAGGGAAAGUGUCCACCAAAGGCGACAUCUAUAGCUAUGGGAUAAUAUUGUUAGAGAUGAUAGCAAGAAAGAAACCCACUGAUGAAAUGUUUGUUGAAGAACUAGGUAUGAGACAAUGGAUUGCAUCACAUCUUGACAAAAUGGAAGUUGUGGACCACAAUUUACUUAGGAGAGAAGAUGGACGAGAUGUGACAGUCACACAAACUAUUCUUUCAUCUAUCUUAGAAUUAGGCUUGAGGUGCUCUGAAGAAUUGCCAGAUGCAAGACCCGACAUCAAAAACGUGGUGGCCAAGGUUAACAAAAUAAAAUUGGCACUUCUUGGAGAUAGAAAUACGGGUGUCUAACAUUUGUGUUAUUGCUCAAGUUCUGUAGGUGCACCUACAUUGUUAAAACUUGCUAUCUUGUCUGUCUUCUCUCUCUUUCCCUCUCUUCUAUGACCCUGGUUUAGUAUGUCCUAUUGUUCAUGUUGAUUUUAAUUAAUACCAACAUGCAAUCCAUUCUUAUAAUCUUUUCCCACGGAGAAGCAGUAAUGGGUUGUAAAGGAUAAUUUUUCCUUUAAUAA